GCCGCAAAGCCCUUUGGCUGGCGCUUUGGCACAUCUCUUUGCAAACGGCCUUGGCAUCCAGAACUGCUCUCUGGCUGUGGCCAGCUUUCCAGGGCAGAGGAGGUUAAAUCCUCUGGAUGUGGUUCCUGGGAUCCCUUAUAAAGAGCGUUCCCUCUGAGCGACAGCCACACCAGCCCAUGCCAUGGUGCCUCUCUUGCACGGCAUCAUCACACACACACAGAGGCACAGGCGUCGUGCGGCAGCUUGACUCAUCCGCUCCUGAGCUGCAUGCCCAACCGACUGUUUCUCUUGCAAGGAAACCGAACAAGAGCUGGGACACAGCAAGCCAAAGAAGACCACACUUGACCUUCCCAGGAAGGGCAGCCGGCAAGAGAGAUGGAUACAGCAAUAGUGGGGGGCGCUGAAGGGAGACCCCGAGAUGCCGCCAGCCAAGUGGCCAACGGAGGAGGUGGGCAGCCCAAGCCAGCAGCCUGGGAAGAGGCCAAGGCCUUCUAUGACAACCUGUCGCCCAAGAAGAAACCCAAAUCGCCAAAGCCACAAAACGCCAUCACCAUUGCUGUCUCCUCUCGGGCCCUUUUCCGAAUGGAAGAGGAGCAGAAGAUCUACAACGAACAAGGAGUAGAGGCCUAUGUCAAAUACCAACUGGACCAUGAGAAUGAAGCUUUCCUUCCUGGAGCUGCCUUCCCUUUCGUCAAGGCCUUGGAAGCGGUCAACAUGCAGCUGCGGACACUUUAUCCGGACAGCGAGGAGCUUUUCGAUAUCGUCCUGAUGACCAACCACCAUGCUCAAGUUGGAGUCCGCUUGAUCAACAGCAUCAACCACUACAACCUAUUUAUUGAGAGGUUUUGCAUGACAGGUGGGAACAGCCCCAUCGACUACCUGAAGGCCUACCACACCAACCUGUACCUCUCCUCUGACUGUGAGAAAGUGACAGAUGCCAUUGAAGAAGGCAUUGCUGCAGCCACCAUCUUCAGUCCCAACCGGGAUGUGCAGGUCUCUGAGGACCAGCUGCGCGUUGCCUUUGACGGGGACGCUGUCCUCUUCUCAGAUGAAUCCGAGCAGAUUGUGAAGGCUCAUGGGCUGGACAAGUUCUUCGAACACGAGCAGACCUAUGAGAACAAGCCACUAGCUCAGGGGCCACUGAAAGGUUUCCUGGAAGCCCUGGGGAAGCUCCAGAAGAAGUUCUACUCCAAAGGCCUGCGCCUAGAGUGCCCCAUCCGCACCUACUUGGUUACUGCCCGCAGCGCUGCCAGUUCGGGGGCCCGGGCCCUAAAGACUCUCCGGAGCUGGGGCCUGGAGACGGAUGAAGCCCUCUUUCUUGCUGGGGCCCCCAAGGGCCCCUUGCUGGAGAAGAUCCGCCCACACAUCUUCUUCGACGACCAGAUGUUCCACGUGGAGGGGGCAAAGGAGAUGGGCACCAUUGCGGCCCACGUCCCCUAUGGGGUGGCCCAGAAACAGCGGCGCGCGGCUCAGGGGACGAAGGCCCCAAUUAACAAGUAAGGCUGGGUUAGACCCUUCAUGAAGAUGUGGAGGCCUCCAAGUUCUGUCUCUUGCUGGUCGUAAAAGAUUCAGAACAUCACCCGUGAUACCUGGAACCAGGGAGGCAGGUAGAUGGCUUGAGGAGGUGGCCUUCUGGAUGUAGAGGUUGCCCUUUAUGGCAAUGUUUUUUCCUUCCUUGCAACUGUGGGUCAAUGCCAUGCUUUUGGGUCCACCACAUCCGUAUCAGACUCACCUCUAGCCUCUUGCCAUGCCACUAUCUCUUGGUUCCAGGCUUACCAUCCACACAUAGUGCUUUGUGGGCUGAUGCUCAUCUGAUUUCUUUGCUCCUGAAUAUCUGUGAUGUGUUUCACUUGACCUGCAAUAUGUGGAGAUAUGUGUGUUUCAUGCUUCCAGGUGGCAUCACAUAGAGCUUGCCAUGAAUGACACAAAUGUAAAGUAUUGUGAGCAUUUUUACUCUGGAGCUUUGGGGCACAAAGGGGUCAUUUCUCAGGUUAUGAAAAAAGAGAUAAGGUCGAACAAAACAUGCAAACAAGUCAGGAAUUAAAUGUUUCAGAAAGCAAGCCCAAAGUAGGGGUGUUGUGCACCCCAAGAUGACCAAAAAGGGGAGGAGAACUCCAGCCAAACAAAGCCUAGAAGCAUUAGAAGAAAAUAUCAGACUCUGCUUCUUCUGGAUCAUUGGGUUUGCACUGCAAGCACACGGCUCAGAUUUGGCCCCAUCCCAAAGUGGGCAUUCUUAGAAAGAGAAGGGCGGAGAAGGGUCAAAGUGUUUGCCUGAGGAUGCCAUACAGAAAUCCCUUCUCAUUUUUUAUGGUUCACAAAAGCCAUAAAUAUGCAAACAGGGAGACAUUUCCCUGGAGUUACUUCUUUCAGAAUGUUUCUUGGAAUCAGGUUCUGAAUCCAGAUCCCAUCCCUUCCCCCCCCC